UGUUUCCUUCCCUCGACGCCGAACCCGUGCCCUACUUCUUCCUCCCCCGCGUGCCCGACUGUGCCCUAACUGCCUCUCCCAACCGGCUAUACAAACUGCCGUUUCCUCUCGCGGAUAAACCCUCGGCCAAGCUCGCUUUCCUCUUCUUUUCCUCUGCCGACGCUGACCCCCUUUCCCUGUGCCCUAGCCGCCAGCCACCGAGACCUUCUUCUUCCUCUUUCCCUAAGCGCCGGCGACGAAUCUGCCACCGCCGAUCCACUGUCACCCUUGUGCGACGACGCCGCCGCCGACUUUUGAUCCGAGCAGCAUCGCCACACCCUUGCCCCAGUGCCGAGCCUUCCAAUUCCGUGCCCUAUUUUGGGUUCACAGUCGGCCGACUCUCCUUCUCCACGCCGAGCCCUAGUUUCCCGAGGUCGAUCUCUUCCUCUUUGCCGAGGUUUUUGUUGCUACUUUCCACUGCGGACUCACAACCGAUCACCGCCGAUUUCCACACUGCGGCUGAUCACUACUGUUUCCUUCAUCCGGUCCAGCCCUAGUUCUUCAUUGGUGCCCUAGAUCUGAUGUGCCCAUCUCCGGCUACUCAGUUUCAGUGAUACUGUUCGCCAUCUAUUCGGAGCAUCAGUUGUUAUCACCGGCCAUAAUUUCCAGCAAACUCACAACAAUUGUCUUCUGCUUGGUGCAGGAAAUGGCAGAGGCUGUGACGAAAGAUUUUGGAAGGAUUGACAUCUUUGUGCAUUCUCUUGCCAAUGGACCAGAGGUAACGAAGCCACUCUUGGAGACAUCUAGAAGAGGGUAUCUUGCUACAAUUUCAGCUUCGAGUUACUCUUUUGUCUCCCUGCUUCGGCACUUUCUUCCAAUAAUGAAUCCAGGCGGUGCUUCAAUAUCUUUGACAUACAUAGCUUCCGAAAGGGCAAUCCCAGGAUACGAAGGUGGAAUGAGCUCAGCAAAAGCUGCAUUGGAGAGCGAUACAAAAGUGCUGGCUUUUGAACUGCACUUGCUUGCCACAAAGCAUCAGGUGCCCUCAAGAGUACUGGGAAGAAUGCCGACAAACUAAAAAAAUGGAGAGAUUUUAACAAA